AUGCUUUCCGCCCUAGGCAACCCUCGCCAGGCCGCCGCGCAGGUCUUGAACUUUGCGCUCGUGCUGUCCACAGCUUUCAUGAUGUGGAAAGGCCUCUCUGUCGUAGCCGACUCGCCCUCCCCGAUCGUCGUCGUCCUCUCCGGCUCGAUGGAGCCCGCGUUCCAACGCGGCGACCUGCUCUUCCUCUGGAACCGAAACCUGCUUCAAGAAACUGCCGUGGGCGAAGUCGUGGUAUACAACGUGAAGGAAAAGGAUAUUCCCAUUGUGCAUCGCGUGGUGCGCAAGUUUGGAACAGGUGACGAGGCAAAGCUAUUGACAAAGGGUGACAACAACCAGGCAGACGACACGGAGCUUUAUGCGCGGGGCCAGGACUUCUUGGAGCGCAAGGACAUUAUCGGGUCGGUGGUGGCAUACAUGCCCUUUGUGGGCUACGUGACGAUCAUGCUGUCAGAGCAUCCGUGGUUGAAGACGGUGAUGCUCGGCAUCAUGGGCUUGUUUGCUAUAUUGCAGAGGGAGUAG